ACUUCUUCUUCUUUCGUUUGGAGAAGCCUACAGCCCCAUUUUCCAGCUAAAAACCUCACGAUCUUGCAUCAAGAAAGAAGCAAACCAGUUGAUGUAUUUGAAGGAGCACUUUUAGUUACGAUGAUCCGUGUCACGGUUUCUAAGGAUCUGAACAAUUAGCGUUUCUGUUUCUCCUCCCGAGCAAUGGGAGUUGUAAUCGAAUCCGAAGUCUGGGAACUAAACACAGCGCUAUACAUAUUCUUGUUCAUCUCCUGCCUCUUUUCAAUCUUCUUUUUGCCCACCAAAACCGCCGCAAAUGUCUUCGAUCACGCUUCUCCCGCUUCUUUUCUUCGGUUUCAGCGGAACUUUCUUGUCCUCUUCGCUCUUUCCUCAGUAAUGGAGGGGUUGUGGGCUAUGUUUGGAGAAUACGAGUUGGCCUAUUAUGGAUUGAGUAAAGAGCAAUUGCUGAAGUCUUUAUACAUUGGAUUUGCGGUCUCUAUGUUUAUUGGGAGUUUUCUUGGAGUGCUUUCUGAUUUACUAGGUCAGAGGAAAUUCUGCUUGUUGUUUUACAUGCUGCAUCUUUCCGUGGGCAUAUGGAAGAUAGUUAGUGGAAGUCCAACUAUUUGGUUGGCUAGUAUCUGCCUGUCACUGGCCUCUUCAAUAUAUUACUUCAGUUUUGAGACGUUGAUGGUAGUCGAGCACGACAAGCAUGGGCAGCGGCAAGAUUCACUGAAUGAUAUGUUUUGGUUAAUGACUUUUGUUGAAUCUGCAUCUUUUAUCGGCAGCCAGGUUCUUGGUAACUAUCUCGUUGAUGGUAAUGUGAACAAAAACAUUACUUCGAUUUGGAACAUAACAGUGGUUCUGGCUGUUAUUGCUCUUAUCUAUGCUGCUCGAUGUUGGAAAGAAAAUCCCCAAAAAUCCACAUUCAAGGAUUAUCAAAUGUCAUUUUGUAGACAUGUUGCCAGUGAUAAAAGGAUAUGGCUGCUCAGCAUCCACUUCUCCGUUGCAACAUUCUGGAUUCUUUGGGCUCCCACUAUUGUUGCUGAUGGAAGAGAGGUGUCAUUGGGUUUAAUAUAUCCUUGUUUUCUGGGUUCAAAGAUGCUCGGUAGCACUGGAUUCCCAUGGUUUUUCCAUGGACCAUUGGCUCUUCGGAUAGAGGAAUGCCUAAUGUAUGCUUUUAUUAUAAUGGGCAUUGCUAUAACAGUCGUUGCCUAUGAUUAUCAGGAGAUUGGACUUCUUGUGACACUGUUCUGCUUAUUUCAUGCUUGCAUUGGUGUGGCUUUGCCAUCUCUUGCCAGAUUAAGAACCAUGCAUGUGCCAAAUGAAGUUCGUGGAGGAAUGAUGAGCCUGUCUCUCUUGCCUGCAAAUGCAGCAGUCUUGUUUUUUCUAGUCCUGAGAGGUUACUACCAGUUCAUUGGGAAUUCAACUGUCAUUGCAUUUGCAGCUCUUGGGCUUUUCUCGGCCGCCGGUUGCAUGUAUACACUAAAGAGGUGGGGAAAGCAACUACACCAGAGCAAACACAACUUGUGAUCUGUAUAUCAUCUCUCUGAAGUUCAUUCUUGGCAAAGUCUCCGAGGUGGUAAUUGUUUACCAGGCGCGGUGAAUCUGAUCUUUUGACAUUUUCGAGGUGAAAACUGAAGUUGCGACAGAUGCUGAAAUUCUGUUCAUGAAGCAUGCAUGAAAAGGAAAUGAGGGAAUCAAGUAGAGCAUAAUUCUCCAAGGUUCUCUAGACUUGUGGGAAUUAAGAGGAGGUAGUUAUGAGGUUGCAUGUCUAAAUCUACAUUCUUCAUCAGGCAAUGACAGUUGCUUCUAGGAGAGCAUACACACUGGCUGUUAGAUAAUGUAUCCAUCCGUGUCUAUUCCUUUCAGGUCUCUAUGCCUGUCAGUUGGAUGCCUUUCUACCCACUGAGCCAGAAUAGGAGCUACACUAGUCACAAAUUAUUUAAGGUCUAGCAUCGCUUAAGAAGUUGUAUAGACCUUUUGCCUGGUACUUUUAUAAGUUGAACUUCUCAAGUCUGCGAAGUUUUGAGUAAGGACAAUUCUUUUC